AUGUCGAAUGCAAGCACGCUAGUAGCACCCCGGAUCAGCAUUCAUUCCACAGAAGGGCACUCUGAUGUGUCCCGCCCUCCAAUGGUCCCUCGAAAGCUCACACUCAGCGAGAUCUUCGAUCCUGAUGAGAUUGCAGCGGACGGACAUGUUCGAAGCCCAAGCGGCAAUUUCCUGGACGCGAAGCAGUUUCGAGAACAUCCCAAGCGACCAUUGUGCAUGCGGGAGCGACAAGAGCGAAUCCUGCAGAGGACCCAGAAGCAACGGGAGUUGGGCAUGGCUAGUCCUACUCAGAUCGCUCCAUUUGCAUUUGAGAAGGACCACUUCGAUUUCGGGAAUACGACUACUGUCCAGGCUCAAAGCCGGGAAGCCAUCAUGUCUUCAGACUCCGACUCCGAGACCACCACCACGCUGACCAGCGAGCAGCGCAAGGCCUCCCAAGGCAAGCCUGUACCAUGCAGCUAUGCUGACUGCCAACACCGCUUUGACACAGUCGAAGACAUGAUCCAUCACAAGAUUCGUGAGCCAUCCCACUUCUACUGCAAGAAAUGCAAGGUCGACUGCGCGGAUUGGGAGGGUCUGCUGGCACAUCAGGUCGACAUGAUGGCGCCUUUCCUGGGCGAGAAGAAGAGAGAUAGCGGCGAGCGUCCGACGCACAUCGUGUGCGAGCUCUGUGGAAUAACUUUCAAGAGCAUGGGCGGUCGCAGAGAUCACCGUAGGCAAGCUCAUCCAGCUGACCAAGACGUCGAGUGCCCAGGCUGUAGCUGCAAGUUUCCACGAGCAUCGCACUUGAUCGAUCACCUCGAGCAGGGUCGCUGCUCGCGCUUUACCAAGGACCAAUUCUACUCACAUAUGCAGCAUAAGUACAUCCUCUCACAAGUCAUGAAGAAUCCUGGAAUAUUCUCCGAGCUGGUCAUGCAGAACCAAAAGCAGCUUCUUCCGCCGAUGGAACAGCUGUCAAUCAAGUCUGAUGCUGAGGCUGAGGAUCCGGAUGAAGGCGGUGUUUCGAUUUUGGAGGAGUAUGAUGAAGCUCAGCAGAGUGGCUACAAGCCUCUGGAGCCCGAGCGGUCUCUGAUGGACUUUCAUGAUCAUGCCAGUGUGAAAGCGUGGCCAAAAUUGUCUUCUCGGGCCACAUCGAGAGCCGGCGCUCCUUCAGCCACUUCUUCUGCUUGGACCAGCGGCAGGCUCUCAAAGGCGCCCCAAAAGGUCGAGACAUCUAGCCAACCAGCGGCAGGCAAGUGGGACGCGAUCACCAAGUUCCAUCGCGAGCAAAGCAAGAACACGAAUCUGCUAAACACCCAUUUCUGGAACGAUGAGCAAUACUUCUGGAACGAGUUUCUCCAGUGCUACGUUUGCCCUCUGCCCGCCUGCCAGUCCCAGACCGCCCUCUCCAACACAUUUACUACCCUCGACGAGAUCAAGCAGCACAUUGAGCUGGCGCACCUGCGUAGCUUCUACCGAUGCGAGGGCUGCUACAAGAGAUUCAAUACGUGCGCUGCUCUUGUAGGUCAUGUCGAGGCUACUCAAAAAUGCGGCAUUCGUCAGAGCGACAAGUUCAAGAAGUUCAUCAACGAGGUCACAGGAGGCUUUCUGGUCGCUGAGCGCGUUGCCGAGUCUAAGAUUUACGGCAGGGACAUGUCUGUCGUGAAGCUUGGCGAAAAGCCACUCAAUGGCGUGACGUCUACCAAAUACACUAGCAAGAGUCCAUAUGAGUGA